GCUUUCAUCAUGUAUGACAUAUUGCUGAAUGUCAGGCCAUGUUUGCAGGCCUAAGGAAGAAAUUUGUGUCUGUACUUUCUGCCAUUUUCAUUUUAUAGGGCUAUCACCCUUCUCAAUAUUGAUUUCAAGCCACAGUACUUGUAAACUAAAGAGGCAAUAUCAGGUUUCGGGAUUGCAAUUUUGAAGAAGGAUUUUGAGGUCUUGCUUCUAGGUUAAGAAAGAAAAGGAUCAGCAAUGACAGUCUAGGUUAAGUCCAGUCCUGCAACAAUACAGCAUUAUGCCAGUUGUAGCUUUCUUUGAUUAGCUUGUAUCAGAGUGCAGCAGUCUGGGAUUUCUCUGUUUGGGUAGUUGUAUACCUGGUUUUUUAGGUAUCUGAGGGACUUUGUUUUAAGAAAUGAAUAUCCCACCAAGUUCUUUCAGACAGAAAUACAUGGCAAGGCUUCUGGGGGCACUCAGUAGCAUUGAUAGAAUUAGUAACAAGAAGGAGUUGAGCUUACUGAAGAGGAGAAAGAGAAUCAAGCUUGCAGCAGACAUAUCACUGGCCCUCACAUCCAAUGGGAGUCUCUGGAGCCAUGCUUUGAUAUCAAAAAUAUCCAAGCUUAACAAGGAUAAGUCCCUCUUGCAGAGGAUUAUAGGCAAGAGGACUGUGAGAAACAUGAAGAACACUCAAUUCUGCUCUGGUACCCACAUGCAGAAGCUAAUGGCUGGCAGGAGGAGAGCAAUGAAAAGAUCAUUCAUGAAGAGGAGGAAUAUGAAUAUGAUCAAGGCCAUGGCUGAUAUAAAGACAUGUCCAAUGGAGGUGAGGAGGCCUUCUCCCUAUCAACUUGCAAGGAGCCUGGUAUCUCAGAGAACAAAGCUGCUGAAAAGACUCAUUCCUGGUGGGGAAUCCAUGGACAGUUGCUGUCUAUUGAGAGAAGCAGCAGACUAUAUCAUCUCCCUCAGAACUCAGGUAGAAGUCAUGCAAUCCCUUGCAAAUAAUGGUAGUCUGCAAUCUAGACAAAGUCUCUAAUGAUAUACUCAUCACAUACAGUAUAUAUGUAUACUCUUUGUGUAUUGCUUGUUAGAGAUUGAAUUCAAUAUCAAGCCUAUGUCUGCUCUAAGGAUGAUGCCCUACAAUACCCAAGUAGACCUAGGACUAGAAUCCAUGGACAUCUAUGGCCUGCAUGAGAAUUCUUGUCUAGAGGGAAAAAAUAUGUAUUGUCACAAUGCUUCAACAGUAUCAUCUUCUGCUAAUGGCUUGCUUUUCUGCUUAAGCUGCCUUCAGGCUGUUCCCUCAGCUUAAUAUCAAAAACAGUGUCAUCUUCUUUUCUAUCCCCUUGUUUUUGCCAACUUCUUCUUCAGGUGUUCUCCUCAACAGUUACUGUUAUAGUACCAAUUUCUACUGUUUGUAAUUAUCAGAUCCACUAUGCUGCAAAGCCAGAGAUCUAUUCUGAGUUGCUUUCAUCCAAAAUAUGAAAAAAUGUAAGUCAUUUAUCUUUUUUCA